AUGUCUGCCUGCCUGCUUGCCUGCCUGCUGCUGCUGCCCCAUCUCAUCCCAUCCGCUGAGACAACUGCCAUUCACAACGUCGCAGCGUGCUCGGCGCUAGCUCCCGGCAGCUCCGGGCACUCUCCGGGCAUGGAACAAAGAGCCGAUUGGGAUCUGAGCACUGGCGCUUGCGCCUGGGAAGCUUCUCCAGGCUUCUCCCUCAGAAGUCGAGGGCGAGGGACCGCACCUCAUAUCCGUCGACGAGCUUCUCGGGCGAGACGCCGAGUCACGAGCCGCCGCACCGGCCUGGCUGCAUGCCAGGCUGCGCGCACGUUUGUCCCGUACGAGCAUGCACACGGUACAGUCAUAGGCUCACAGCCCUCGCGCAGAUACGUGGUAAGCACAUAUAAGUAUAAGUAUACUUUGGCCACGGGACCGUUCGCUAUCGCAGACGCCUUGACGGAGCGGUGCAGUGCAGAGGCGACGCUGUCUACUCAAUGCAGAGGCGGUACGAUAGAAGUCACAAUCUGGAAAGCGCAAAAAUAA